AAAGUUGUGUGGCGUGAAUGGCUCGGUCUAAACUGUCUUGUGUGUUUCACGUGGAAUGGCAGAAAGCCAGAUCAAUCCGGUCAGCAAAUGCUGACUGUCGGAUGCACAAUAAUGCACUACACGCACAUAACAGUCUUCUCUCUCAUCACAGUCCUCAAAAUCGCUUUUCCCCCCUCUCCAACUCCACAGGAAAAGCCAAUCCGAUCGGUGAUCAUACAGGGUAGAUGGCUGUGAUGGGACGGCGACGUCGACUGGCGGUAGCUGAUUUGGUGGCUGCGGCGGCAUUUUGGGUUUUGAUUGUUGUACAAGUUGAUCUCACGGUGCAGCUGAGGAGAAGGCAUCCAAUGCAUGAAAUUGUGGAUGGAGUGAAUGACAAUGCAGGACCAUAUAUUGGGCUUGUUAUGGCAUACCCCACUGAGGAAAUGGCUCUUCUUACAUCUGGCUUGUUUCUUCCCAAUCCAGACGUUUCCUCCGUUGACCUGGCCGGAAGGACGUUCAACAUUGGGAAGAUUAAAGGUGUAGAUGUAAUCUAUGUCAUGACUGGGGAGCAAACGAUAAAUGCAGCCACAGCAGUGCAAACCCUUCUGGAUGCAUUUGAUAUUCGGGGCAUUGUUCAUUAUGGUAUUGCUGGAAGCACCAACAAUUCGUUGUCCUAUGGAGAUGUUAGCAUCAUGAAUUAUGUUGCACUCACUGCUUCUUGGAAAUGGAAGGAAUUUAAGUCAGAGGAAGGGCCGCUGCCAACACUGGAAUUUGGAGACUUCAAUUUUCCCAAAAAAGGAGAGAAUUUAUUGGCAUUGGUAGAGUUCACGCCGGUGCAGUUGUUCUCCACUGGGAAACCAAUGCAGGAAGUAUUCUGGCUUCCAGUAGAUUCACACUGGUUCUCCAUUGCGGCUCAACUUCAGGGAUUAAAGUUGGAGCAAUGUCUAAAUGAGACAUAUUGCCUACCUGAAACACCGAGAGUUGUGUAUGGACUGAAGGGUUCCAGUGCAGAUGUUUAUCUUGACAAUGAAGCAUACAGAGACUUCCUGUUUAAGCAGCUUAAUGUCUCCACUGUUGAUGAAGAAACUGCUGCCGUAAUAAUGACAUGUUUAACGAAUGCAGUGCCUUGCAUUGCAUUUCGUGGGGUAUCGGAUAUGGCAGGUGGAAAAGGAAGAGCAUUGUCAGGCAGCUUGAGUUCCUUAGCUUCUGCAAAUGCUCUGAUUGUUGCAGUUGCGUUCAUGGGGUUAAUUCCUAAAGAAGGCUCAGUCUAUAUUCAAUGAAAUUGGUCAGUUUUUUUCUACUUGCAACAAAAGGGUCAUUCAAUCGAAUGUUCCUAGAAUAAAUUCAAAUUAAUCAUUGGAUGUAAUUUGGAUUAAUAAAGAAUGAAUGAAUUU